AUGUCUGGAGAUUGGCAACCAAAAGCUGCAGGUGUGAUUCUUAAGAUAAUGGAGCAUCCAGCUGCUGCUUUAUUCAGAAGUCCUGUUGUUAGUGGUACAGAUACGGAAGAAAAUAAUUAUUAUACAAUUAUAACGAAUCCACAAGACUUUGGAACAAUCAAAGAUCGUCUCUACAAUAACCAGUAUAAAUCAGUAACUCAAUUGAUCGAAGACGUAAAUCAGAUUGCAAAAAAUGCUGCAAUUUACAACGGAGAAAACUCUCAUGUAGCAUUUCUCGCGUCAUAUUGCACACAGUUAUUUAACAAAGAAAUGAGAGAUUCAGAUUUAUUACCAGUCAGAGCUUGGUGCGAUGCAGUUUUUAAUUUACGUACAAAAAUAACAAAUUUAAUGUCAAAUCAACCACCAAAGGUUAGACAAUUUUCAUCAUCCCUCAAUGCAGGUAGAUCUCUCAAGCAAAACACUCCAGUUAUGUCUGAACAUGAAAUUCAAUGUUUUAUUCAAGCUUCAGAGAAACUUCAAUCAGAUGAAGAGCAAAAGGAAAUGAUUAGAAUCUUAAACGAGAACCAGCCUGAGCUGGAUGCAGGAAAUGCCGAAAUUCAUUUUGAAAUUACAAAAUUAAACCAUCAAACAAUGAGCGCCCUCAAACAUUACAUGGCAGAAGCUUUGAAUAAGAAAGGAAUGUCUUAUCCUGAAUAA